GAAGGAAAAUCAAUAAUUGGCUUGUUUACGAUAAAAUUAUAAUCUCGUGUUAUCUAAUUUGUGUAUAAAUAAAGUGCAAUUGCAGAAACUGAUUCAGUUCAUUUUUAAACACAGACAUGUGUCUUAAAAUCACUUUUUUGGGUUUGUGCCUGAUUUUCGGUGUUUUCGGUCGGCGUGAUGAAUAUUUUCGAAUAAAUAAUUUAACGUUUCUAAAGGAGCCCAGAGGCGUUUAUCGGCUUCUUGGCAACAGUCCUGCUGAAAAUUUAACAGCAGGAAUCAUCGCAAAUGUCGAAGAUAUGCACACUUUGUUUUUGCGAGACGAUUCGAUUCGGGAAAUUCAGCCUGGAGCUUUCCAAAACUUGCCAAACCUCAAAAACCUCAUAAUACAAUACAACGAGAUUUCGAAGAUCCCAGCAGGAAUUUUCAACAAUUUCCCGAAAUUGACGUAUUUGGAAUUGGGUGAUAAUCAAAUCUCGUAUGUUGAUCCGCACGCUUUUGAUAAUUUGACUCGUUUGACCUCAAUUAAUUUGGAUAACAAUAAAUUGAGUAAAAUUGAAUCGCUUUGGUUUGAGGACAAACCUGCCCUUAAAUAUAUCCACCUCGAUGGGAAUUUAAUCAAAAAAAUUUCCGCUGAUUCGUUUGAGAGUUUAAAAGGGCGAAAAUCGAUGUCUGUGUUUUUGGGUGAUAAUCCUGUGGAGACAAUCGAAAACGAUGCUUUCAAAGGAUUUGAAGAAAUUUCAGUUUUGUCCUUGGAAAAUCUGAAUCUUACGUCUCCCGGAGCUUUUCUCCAAGGUCUCAAAAUCGAAACUUUGGAAUUCAACGGAAAUAAAUUUAAAUGUGUGGAAGAGGAAGCUUUUGAUCGGGUUCUUGUGGCAGAUACGACUGAAAUGAGGUCAAAUUCGCUGGAGGCUGAGUGUUUGAACAAAAUUCGACUUUGGGCCCAAAAACACAACAAAACUGUUUUUACAUAGUAAUUUUUAUUUUAAAUUUCUCAGAAAAUGUACAUUUUAGAACAAUUUGUUGUUAAUUUGCUGAAACAUUCUAAGAAUUCCUGAAGCUUG